CAAUAACAGCGCCCUGUCCGAUGUUGCUAGUUGGGUAACUUUGUAGUCCAUUGAUGGUGUUUCAUUGUUUAAUUAAAUAAUAUAUUGCUACAUUGCGAUAUUAAGUUACCAUGUCUUUCAAAGGCAUAAGAGGCUGCAAUAGCAGAGUCUCGAAAGAGGAUCAAGACUUCUACGACCUGAGACAGAGAGCAGCGGAAUAUUAUAGAGCUAACUCGGUUCCGCAGAAUAUAGAGGGUGUCUUGAAUCAGAUGUUCCUGGAAAAGCCUGAUGAUAUUUACGGAUAUCUGGCAAAUUACUUCGCACAACAUUCCGCCAAGGCCGUGAUAUGCAGAGCGGAGGGAAAGGAAAUCUACGACGGGAACGGACACAUCUCAGCCCAAGCAAACGUGUAUUGUAUAAUCAGAAAUGAGGAGAAGUGGGUGUCCAGCGGCGCCGUGCCCGCUCACGGUGAGCCAUCGGCGGGCAGGACCGACCCGGCGGGGGCAGCAGCGGAAGGUUCCGCCCACAGCGACGAGCAGACCGCCCUGAGCUGGAUCAACCAGCCAAUCAGCACCAUGCUCCACGGUCUCGACCCCAGCGACCAGACCACCAUCGACAAGAUACUGAGUGAUUUCUUCCUGGCCCGUUUCCUGGAGAAGGAGGAUGAGAGGAGGAGGGAGAGCGAGGCGGAGGAGCAGAAGUCGGCCGAGAGCACCCCAGAGCCCCCCCCACCCCCAGCCCCCACCAAAGACAAGAAGGGGGCAGAUAAAGGGAAGAAGAGUGUGUGUAUGGAGCCGUCUCUGCCCGCUGCUGAACCCUUGGUGCCCGUGCUGCCAGGCUGCACCGCCGUGGGCGCUGUGUCUCUGGCCGUCGCCAAGGCGACCGCCCAGCUGCAGGCCACACCCCUCUACCAGCACAUACGCUCACUCAGGAGGGACCAGCCUGCCGGUGACAUCCACAUCCCGUUGCCCAUGGUGACGGUGCUGAGCUGUGGCAGGAUGUCUCCGGGGAAACUGCACCUCCUGGAGGAGCUCAUGGUGCUGCCUUCAGCUGGAGACACAGUCAGGGAGAAGAUCGCCAUGGUCCUUGAUCUGCAGAAGGAAGUGAGGAGAAUCUUGAACAGCACUUCAAAAACAGGGACCCUGUUCUGUCCCGUGACCGAUGGCGGGGCGUUGCUGGUGGGCUUCGACCGCGCGGAGCAGCCGCUGGACGUCCUGACGGAGGCGUGCGCCAACCUGCAGCUCACGCCGGGCACGGACGUCCACUUCGCCCUCAGCUGCGCUGCCCACAGCCUCCUGGACUACUCUAAGGGGAAGUAUGAGAUUGCGGCGGGCACCUUGAAGUCCCCAGAUGAGCUGGUGGAGGUGUAUGAGUCUCUGAUCAGCAGAUAUCCAGGCAUCUGUGCCCUCAUCGAUCCAUUCAGGAAAGAGGACCUGGAACAGUGGGAUAAACUGAGCUGUGCCCUGAUUGGUCAGCCCUGCUGUCUGAUCGCCGAUGCGGCCUUCUGCUCCCCUCCUCGUCUCUACGGCGACAAGAGGCUCCUCCCACCAGGGGUCACGGGGGUCGUCCUGAGACACGUGAACGAGACCACCAUCACCGACCUCCUCCGCGCCACCUCAGAGGGCAGAGAUUCUACCACCAUUCUGGAGCAGUCUGGGACUGAGUGGUGUGAUGACUACUUCGUAGAUCUGGCGGUGGGUCUGGGCGUGAAGUGUGUGCAGCUGGGCGGUGUGAGGGGAGGGGUCCGUGUGGCGCGCUACAACCGGCUCAUGGAACUGGAGGAGGAGCUGACCAGCCAGGGCAUUCUGGGUUCAAAUCAGCUGGAGUUGCCUUUGUUUGGAAUCAGUGUCAGCCCAGCCUCUGAGUCACCAGAGACAGAGUGAAGAGGGCUGGACACACACACACACACACACACACACACACACACACACACACACACACGCAUACACAC